AUGAGUGUGGCGGCCACCUCCGAAACAACACCCCUUAUCUCAUCCUCAUCAAACAUCGAAAUUGAAGGCGACCAACACCCUCUCCUGCCCAAGAGAAAUGAUCCGAUACUGUCAAAGCUACGUGGGACGGCGAUAUGCCUUUCCAUUUGGACACUGAUAUUUGCCAUUACUUCCAAUGUGUCUUUGAUCACUACGAUCCAAUCUCCAAUUGCAAUUGAUCUCGAUGCUUUCACCGAAGUGAGCUGGUUCUCAUCGACAUAUCUGAUUGCCAUCACAAGUAUCACACCUGUCGCGGGUCGACUAUCUACUAUUUUCACGGCACCAGUCUACUUGUUGGCGUCAAUCAUCAUCCAUGUAUGUGGUUUAUUGAUCACGUCUCAAGCUGAAUCGCUCAGCACAUUCCUUGUUGGCCGUGCGGUGGCAGGCAUCGGCAGUGCUGCAGUAACCCCUGUGGCUUUGAUACUUGUUACCGAGCUUACUUCUCAACGAAGGAGGGGUUUGUUCUUCGGUGCUGUGAACACAGGAUACACCUCGGGCAUUGCCUGUGGUGCCAUCAUAGCAGGUGUGUUGGAGCCGAUCCCGAGCAUUGGGUGGAGAGGCGUCUUUUGGAUUCAGAUACCUUUCACACUCACGGCGGCCAUCGUAGCCUUCUUUGCAAUUCCUCGACACAUUAAAGCGAACAAAACAGCGUCUUUCGGUGGCACAUUAGGCGAGAAACUCUCACAGAUAGACUACUUUGGAGUCAUCACCCUCAUCACCUCAGUGGUCUUACUGUUGUACAGCUUGUCCUCGACCAAGAUUCAGGUGUUUCCCAUCUUUCUAUCUCUCGCAUCUUUGGCACUCUUCCUCUUCGUCGAGGCAAAUUGGGCGCAAUACCCAAUCGUCCCGAUUUCUGUACUCAGAUCUCGUGGCAAUAUGUUGACUAGCUUUGCAACCCUUGGCAUCAUGACGGCUCGAUGGUCCAUCUUAUUCUACGCACCUACAUACGUGCUCACACUGAGGAAUUGGCCUCAAGAGAAAGCUGGAAUUACUCUAAUUCCGACAAAUCUAGGAUUUGCCCUCGGUGGACUACUAGCAGGAGGACUCCAUAUCCGGCGAUCUGGCUCAUUCUAUAUCUCGACUCUUGUCUGCUUCUUCCUUUUCAUCCUGUCGAUGAUCACUGUAUCUUGGGUUUCGACGCCUGCUUCCAACAUGUGGUUAUAUCUCUUGUCCAUAUUUGUGAACGGGCUCAUCGCAGGAGGUUUACUCAACUACUCGCUCGCUCACGUCCUCCACUUGACGAUUCCAUCCACACAUUUCAUUGUCAUCCCACUCAACGCCAUGUUUCGAAGCCUCUCUGGGUCUUUUGGUGCCGCAAUUUCUGGUGGAUUAUUCCUCAGAACAUUACAACACGCAUUGAAGCAUGAAUUCAAACAACGUGGGCUCACUGGAAAGAGUCAGCUUAUCCGGCAACUCAUCGGUACGCCGAGGUUAGUCCAGAGCCUUGAAGGUGUUGACAAAGAGGUCGCACUUCUUGCUUAUGAGACUGCCUUUCGAACCAUGUUUAUUGCUGGUGCUUGCUUGGCGAUUAUCGUGCUCUUAAUUCAAGCAGGUACAGGUUGGACGGCUCCUGAGGUGGUGAAAGACGAGGAAACCAGCAGUGGUUCGCAAACAGCUGUUGGGUCUGUUGGACAGGAAAUCAUCUCACCUGUUGUUUCACGGGAGUAA